CUGAUAAUCAGUGGGGUUUUUGGGCUAGGGAUAAUCGAUAGGAUAGUUUUACCCACAGGAGAGGAGCUGUGGUCAGCGGCAACUGCUGUGGAAAGUGGCGUGUGGUGUUUUAGUUGAAAGUGUGUGCAGACACGAUGUCUCCGCUGUUGUAUUUAGGAGGUUUGGUCUUGGUGUUUCUGCUCUGGAUCAAAGCUAAAGGUCUAGACUACGUGAUCGUUCACCAGCGGUGGAUAUUUGUCUGCUUGUUCCUGCUGCCGCUCUCCGUCAUAUUUGACGUGUAUUAUUACGUGCGGGCAUGGCUCAUUUUCAAGAUGUGCUCUGCGCCAAAACUGCACGACCAGCGCGUGCGAAACAUUCAGCGACAGGUGCGUGAGUGGAGGAAGAAGGAGGGUAAGAAGAACUACAUGUGCACUGGUCGUCCCGGCUGGCUCACAGUGUCUCUCAGAGUGGGAAAGUACAAGAAAACCCACAAAAACAUAAUGAUCAACAUGAUGGACAUUCUGGAGGUGGACACAAAGAGGCAGGUUGUUAGAGUUGAGCCACUGGCCAACAUGGGCCAGGUGACUGCACUCCUCAGUUCUAUUGGCUGGACACUGCCGGUGGUGCCUGAGCUGGAUGAUCUUACUGUGGGUGGCCUGGUGAUGGGUACAGGCAUUGAGUCGUCCUCUCACAUUUACGGACUGUUUCAGCACAUCUGUGUUGCAUUUGAACUAGUCCUAGCUGAUGGCAGCUUUGUACGCUGCUCUGAGGAGGAAAACUCUGACCUGUUCCACGCUGUCCCCUGGUCCUGUGGUACUCUGGGAUUCCUGGUUGCAGCUGAGAUUAAAAUAGUCCCUGCAAAGCAGUGGGUGAAGCUGCACUAUGAACCAGUGAUAGGGCUGGAGAACAUCUGUAAACGCUUCACUGAAGAAUCGGAGAACAAGCAGAACACAUUUGUCGAAGGCCUUCAGUACAGUCUGGACACUGCUGUCAUCAUGAGCGGAACCAUGACUGACCACGCAGAGCCUGAUAAGAUCAACAGAAUUGGGCUGCACUUUAAACCCUGGUUCUUCAAACACGUGGAGGGUUACCUGAAAAGGGGCAAAGGUGGAGUGGAGUACAUACCUCUGAGACAGUACUACCACAGACACACACGCAGCAUCUUCUGGGAACUUCAGGACAUCAUCCCAUUCGGCAACAAUCCGAUCUUCCGUUGGCUUUUUGGGUGGAUGGUUCCUCCUAAGAUCUCUCUGCUGAAGCUCACACAAGGAGAAACCAUCAGACGGCUUUACGAACAGCACCACGUGGUUCAGGACAUGCUGGUACCCAUGAAAUCUCUGCAGGAGGCCAUCACACGCUUUCACCAGGACAUCAAUGUUUACCCUCUGUGGCUGUGUCCUUUCCUGUUGCUGCCAGGCAGAGGGAUGGUUCAUCCCAAAGGUGAAGAGGAGGAACUGUAUGUGGAUAUCGGGGCUUAUGGCGAGCCAAAGGUCAAACACUUUGAAGCUAAAACAUCAACACGUCAGCUGGAGAAGUUUGUGAGAGAUGUUCAUGGGUUCCAGAUGCUGUAUGCAGAUGUGUACAUGGACCGGGAGGAGUUUUGGGACAUGUUUGAUGGGCGACUGUAUCACAAACUGAGAGAUGAACUAGGUUGUAAGGAUGCCUUUCCGGAGAAUUAUGACAAAAUCUGUAAAUCUGCUCGACACUGAGCCUCAUCACUGGCACCUAAGCUCAUCGUACCUCAACGCACAAUCUGCAUUUUACAACUUGUUUAGGGACAUUCUUACCAAAGCACAAGCCUUUUUUACAUUAACAUCCUUUCUGUAAGAGAGUUAUUCUGCCUUCUCGAACAAAAAAUACAAUAAAUUCACAGUUUUUGACCACCAUACUUGCACAGUUCCUCUUUGAUGGACAGAGAACUGAUAAUUCAACUAUGCAGUCCUCCCAAAGGUCAGCUCUAUGUAAUCUAUCAGCAGAGAAAGGCCUCCAAAACCCUUUAAAUAUCCUAACUCUGGGACUCAUAGACAAACUGACAGAGGAUGCCCAACUGUUAACAACUAUUUGUUCAUGUUCAUUGUCUCAGUUCUCCUCAGAUCUGAGCUGCUUCCAAUAAAGCUUUGAUAUCAUGCGCAGCUUCACUAAAAACUGUGCAUGUAAUGAGAGCAAAUUGCACCUAAUGUCUUAUUUUAAAAAUGUAUUGGACAAAUGUUCCCUGUUAAAACAACUUAAUACCUAAGUGCCAUAAAUGUUACCUCAUAAGCUUAAGUUAUAGGCUAUAGAGAAAAUAUAUUGACUGGGAAAGGUGCUUGAUUAAAAUCUCUAUUCUACUGUGAAAUGCUCUAAUUUCCCAGUUUGGGAUUAAUAAAGUACAUGUAUUUUAUCAGUCCUUAUUGUUUUUAAAAUGUACAUUAUACAUUGUAAAGUUGUUGGCUGUAGUAUGGACACAGCCAUCAAACACAACUAUACAUAGCUAAGCUUUUCACAAUAGUGUGGUCAGUAAUAUUUUCAACUUGUGAGUGAGUUAGUGAGCGUGCAUGUGUACUUGUGUGUGUGUGGGGGAAGUGUAUUCCCAUUCCAUUUUGGGGAAUAACAGAUUUUUUAUGCUAAGGUUACCACCCAUGAGUACUGAAUAGAUUACUCAUGUGAUUAAGUAAUGACUUCUGAGUUUUCAUGUCUACUGACUGCUCAUGUGAUCUAGUGACAGAGUAUUCAUGUAAUAAAUUGAUUGUUCUGAACAGA